AUGAACGUAUAUAAUAAUAGUAGCAUUAAAAAAAAUUAUAUUCAUAUGAAACAAGCUAUACUUUUUGCGCCCAAAAAAAGUGGAACAAAUAUAAAUAAUGAAAAAAAGGAUAUUGAAAAUAAACUGAUACAAAAUAUAAAUGAAGAUGAAAAUUUAAAUAAUAAUAUAAAUAGUCACACGAAUUGGUAUGAUGAUGAUAAUAUACGAAAAGAUGAUAAUUUUAUUACAAAUACAUUGAAAAAAGGAAAAGAUACUAUCCUCACAUUUAAUACCAAAUCACCACGAAUUAGUAAUAAUAAUAAUAAUAAUAAUAAUGACAAUACUGGGAAUAAUAAUAAUAAUAGCAAACAUAUUAGUAUUGUAAAUUCAAAUUGUAUGGCUAGCCCUAUGAAUAAUGAUUAUAAUUCUAUCCAAAUGAAAAACAAUAAUUCAGAUAAUUAUGAUGUAACUCGAUUAAAUAGUAGAGUGGGAAAUGAUAUAUAUAAUGGAGUAGCAAACAGAGGAUUGUUUGAUGGGCUAAGUUAUGGAUUAACAAAUAAGGCCAACAGUAAUCAAACAAGAAGUAGUACAUGUGCUAGCGAAUCUUGCAAUAAUAAUAAUAAUAAUAGUAAUAAUAACAAUAUUAGUAGCAAUAACAAUAUUAGUAGCAAUAACAAUAUUAGUAGCAAUAACAAUAUUAGUAGCAAUAACAAUAUUAGUAGCGUUAAUAAUGUUAACAGUCAUAUAAACAAUGUUGUUAAUAAAUCGUUGGGAAGUGAGAAUCGUGUAAGUGUAGAGGGAAACGAAAAUGGGGUGGUUGGUAAUAAUACUUUAAGCCAAUCAAGUAUAAUUAAUAUGAAUUUUUUUCCAAAAAAUGGGAUAAUAAAUAAUAAUAUGAAUGGUCAUGUAAAUAGCGAAAAUAAUUUAGAAUAUUUAAAUAUUUCUUCCAAAUAUUACACAGAAAACAAAAAAGAUAUAGUUUAUUUAUUUCAAGAAUUAUUAAGUUAUUGUGAGUGUUUAAAAAGAAGCCGAAAAAAAAGUACUGAAGAAAUAAACAAGAUUCGAAUUAGUUAUAAUAAAGUUUCAGAAUUAUUAAAAGAAACUUUAAAAAGGGAAAAAAAUAGUCAUAUAAAAAUCGAAGAAUUAAGAAAUAUUAUAAAUACUUAUGAUGAGAAAUUUAAUAGAGUUAAAAAUUGCUCAGAGGGAACAAUAACUAAUUUAAAUAAAAAUGUCCAAACAUUAGUAGAUUUAAACAAUGAUUUAGAAAUGGAAAUGAAUAAAGUAAUUAAUGAAAAUCAGCAAUUACGAAAAAUUGCACAAAAUGAAUUUGAACUUAAUAAAGAAAUAAAUGAUUUGAGAAAACAGAUCGAAGUGUUAAAUAAUGAAAAUAUUUCUUUAGUUAAUCAAAUUGAUGUAUUAAGAUUAGAAAAUUCUAAAAUCGAAAAUGAAAAAAAUGUUUUAUUGAGUGAUAAAACAUUAUUACAUUGUAAAAUUGAUGAAUUAGAGAAUGGACUAAAAAAUAGGACUAGCCUUUUUAAUCAAUCAAAUAUAACUAAUCAGGAAAAUAAUCCGUUUAUAAUUAAUUCCGAUGAAGAAAUAAAUGAGCAGGUUGAUAACUAUUUGAAUUUAAAUCAUGACCAACGAACGGAACUUUUUAAAAAUUUUUUAUAUCACUGGCGAGAGACAAACAAGGCUGGGCAAAAGUUUUAUGAGCAGGCGUUUUCCAUGAAUCGUUGA